UUGUGUCCGUCAUUCAUUCAUUCAUUUACUUGCUAAAAAAGGUAGAGAACAGAAACGGGAAAUGUUGGCAAAUUAGUACUGAUAAAUACGUGUAAUAGUUUUGUUUUCUUAUUUGAGCUUAUAAUUAUUAUAAAAACUGCGUGGUUUUCAUAUUUGGUUUAAAGGCUCUCGUAAUAAACGAUCUGUUUACAUUGUGAAAAAGCAUUAACUCCUUUGCCGUGAAAACCAUAUUCGUAGCGAAAGGACAGUUUUUGUGGCAAUUUCAGUGUUUUGAAUGUUCGGUGAUGGUAUUUAUGGACCGUAUCGGUGUACAGUUAUCAGAUAUUCGCGGGUGGCCAAGAAGUUUCUGGCAAAUCGUCGCAUAAUGUCGAAUAGAUUUCGUCCUGUGUAAACAGUAAAGUUGCAACAGUCAACCAACACUUGUGGUUUAGAAGUUUUGCAACCAUCAUUAGAGCGUGAAAACCGUGUCAAGCACUGUAGGAGAUUUGGAUUUUAUCAAAGAAAUAAUAAUUAAUAAAACAAAUACAAGCUUCCUCAGUCUUCUUAUUAGAUCAUUUUUUUGUAAGUUCGAAGACAAUGGGACAUAGAGCGUAAUUUCGAAGACAUAUUAUGGCAUCCGGUACUUCCUCUUUGGAAAGCAAUGGGAGUAAUGAGUCAAUAUCCCAUAGCUACGUGAGCAAUGAACGACACACUACUACACAAAUAACGUCCAUACCGCUGCCGAUCGAAUAUGAGGUGCUCUCUUCAUCACAAUGCUACGACAAGUCGAACUACUCCAGUCAUACGCAUGCUAUGAGCGCGCCCUACGAGCUUGGACAGUAUGACGUCAUCAACAAGCAGGCAAAUGAGACCUUGAAACAACAGUGCGAAAAGGCUCUGCAUGAUCUCAAUCAGCUGAGACGACAACACACAGAGACAUCAAGGAGGUGUGAGCAUGUUAUGAAGGAGUUGGAGUACUUCCGGGGUCAGCAUCGGGCAGCAAUGAAUCAGCUGGAAGUAUCGGCUCAGGAGGCAAGCAGCCUCCGCGGCAAGUAUGGUGACUUGCUCAAUGACAAUCAACGACUCGAGCGUGAAGUGCAGCACCUGCAGCAGAGCAGCACCGCGGAGGGUUCAGACGCACUCGUCCAUACACUCCGGAAAUACGAGGCUCUCAAGGAAGAGUUCGAUUGUUUCCAAAAGAGGUAUGACGACUUAAUAGAAAAUCACAAUGCCACCCUGGAGAACCUACGAAUCGUGCAAGAGGAAAAUAGUAGGUUAAAGACACAAUGCCACGAGUUGACACAAGAGAGGAAUGCAGUGAUCCGGGAGCGCAACGCGCUGAAGCAGCAAGUGGCGAGCGUGGUGCGGCAGUGGGAGGGCGGCGUGCGCGAGCGGGCCGACAUCAAGCGCCUCACGGACGAGCGGAACGCCGCCAUGGCCGAGUACACGCUCAUCAUGAGCGAGAGGGACACGGUGCACAAGGAGAUGGAGAAGCUGGCGGACGACCUGCAGGCCGCGCUCAAGCGCGUGGCGGCGCUGGAGGCCGCGCUGCAGGCCUCGCGCGACGAGCAGCGCGCCACCGCCCUGCAGGCCGAAAGCCUGCGCCGGGAGAUAGAAUCGGCGCUAGUCGACCGAGAUCGCGCUAUCAAGGAAUGUACCGACUUGAAGACUCCACAGAACACCUCCACGUUGGGCAAAUCGAGACAAGAUAAUUCUGCAUAUCAUCACUUGGGCCUCUCGAGUGGAGUCGGAACUGACGGUUUCCUAAACGGACAACACUCUAACGAUCCCUCGAUGGAUAAACUGCAAGGUCUGGUGGGCAUGGCGGUGGACGCGGCGGAGGCGGAGCGCGUGGACGACGUGGAGCAGGCCAACCAGGAGAUCGAGCGCCUGCGCGCGCGCGCCGAGCGCCUGCAGGCCGAGCUGCACGACGCGCAGCGCGAGGCCGAGGUCUCCAAGCGCCGGAGGGACUGGGCCUUCUCGGAGAGGGACAAGCUGCUGCAGGAGCGAGAGAGCGUCAAGGCUCUCUGCAAUCGACUGAGAAAGGAGCGCGACCAGAUGGUGGGCGAGCUGGCGGAGGCGCGGCGGCACGGCGGCAAGAAGGACGCCAAGGACGGCCGCGGGCCGCGCGCGCGCUCGCACGACGAGCCGCGCGCCGCGCCGCCGCGGGACUCCGCCGACGUGCAGGACUUCGAAUGGGAAAUAAUCGACGUGGAACUGAGCGGCAUGGGUGCGGACUUGGGUCUGGAGCUGUGCGGCGGCCGAGACGAACCCUGCUACCCUAACGAUUUCAGCGUAUACGUCGCCUCGGUCAAGAAGGGCUCCAUCGCGGAUGGAAAGAUUAAGGCGCUGGACCGCGUGGCGGCGGCGGGCGGCGUGUCGCAGUGGGCGUGCGGCGCGGCGUGCGCGGCGGCGCUGCGCGGCGCGCUGGCGCGCGGGCCCGUGGCGCUGACGCUGCAGCGCGCGCGCGCCGCCCGCUCGCUGCUGCGCGUGGCGGGCGCCGGCCGCAGCGGCCUCACGCUGCAGCAGGGUAUUUUCAUAAGCAAAAUAGCGUGCGGUAGCGCGGCCGCCAAGGAGGGAAAUAUCUACGUCGGCGACAGAGUUGUUAGCAUCAACAACCGCUCCCUGGAGGGCGUGGGCAGCGCGGCGGAGGCGGCGGCGCUGCUGAGCGACGUGCACUACGACUGCGUGCUGCUCACCGUGCUGCGCCCGCUGUACCCGUGCUGCGACCCCAGGAACAGACUCUCGCUGUACGAGCAGUCGUACGGCGACGGCAAGAUGGUGAACAUCUGCUCGCAGACGGACGACAGCUGGGGGGGCGCCUUCGUGCCUCCGCCGCCGGAGCCCAAGGUACACGUAGACCACGGGGUGCCGGAUUUUGACAGACGAUACGUGUAUCACGUGGCAGCCGGCAGCCAGGGGAAGAUACACCAGGAGAGAGGCACCUGGGACAUGAUCCGCGGGAAGAUCGAAGCUGUUACUGGAGUCAGCAAGUGUAAGGAGAAGCAGAGCAAGGUGCCGGAGUCGGACGCUAUCGCCGAAUUGGAUUCCGUUAUCGACAGUUAUCACGGAAAAACAAUUAAAGAAACUAGCAGUGUGCUGAAAAGAUCGCGUCGAAAAAAUAAGGAAGCACAAAAUGACGCAAAAAAUGGAGGCACUUGGCCUAAAGCUCGAGCUAAUUUUAUAUUAGAGGACAAUGCCACUGGGACCAUUGUACAACCUCGUUCCAGGAAAGAAAGGCCACCGCUAUCCAUUCUGCUCAGUCCACCGACCAAGCUACCGCCGGAGCCGCAGCGAUCGAAUACCAACCGAAACUCUAACCCGAUACCUUUAGGACACGUACCGCUAACACAAGUCACCACACCGGCAAGACAUUCAGUGUACAAAUCUAUAGAAUCGAGUCCAGCGAUAGAGCAUUUUCCGAAACCAGCGCCUUUAGCCAUUCACAACCCUUUCGCGCCCAGUAGCAUGACCUUCGAAAAGAAUCGCACGUUGGAAAAGGAAAAAAUAUCCAUCAGCGAUUACGAACAAGACGUGACGCCGAACAGGCUUAGUUUAGUUCAGAACCCAUCCGAGGAUUCCUUGUUCUACCAACCAGCAAUGAGAAAUCGGACGAAAAGUCCACACUCCUUAGACUUUAUGGUCAAUAAGGGCCCGAAUUCCCUUGACUUCGUGACGAGGAAAUCACCCAGUUCACUUGACCAUUCCAUAAAAAAUCACACGGGAAAGGAUAUUCUCGACCAGUUUUAUUCCUCAAAAAAGGCAUCGUCUCCGAAAACAGUGAACAAGUACCCAUCCGACAGUGACAGCUUCGGGCCAGACAGUUUAAAUAGCAAUGCGAAUUUUCCAAUGACGGGGACUCUGCCUUCACAGUCACGACUUCAGUCCCAAUAUUAUAGAGGGCCAUUUACGAACUCGAACCCGCACACCUCCAGUCGGUAUAAUCAUCUUUCUAGUCCAACGAAUAUACCUCAAAGCCAAUCCGGAGAAAGUAUCGGUACAAGUUACGACAUGCACUCGUUUACUUCCCACACGCACAAUAUGUCAGAUCUCCAACCAGUACCUAGAGCCAAUCGUGAAUAUCACCACACAUACGAAGGUGGGACAUUUCCAAGAAAAAAAGAAAACCAGAGGUUUCGAAUACCCUCCAACCCCAGUGUCACCUCGAAAAAUUCGGCAGGAAAACUCAGCACAGGAUCGAUAGAGAGAAGUUCAGAAAGAAAUUCACCGAUGCCGACAUUUCAUGUUGAAGUCCUGAGUCCUGGACGCGGUGCUAAGCAACUUACGCAUAAAGGGACGAGAAAUUCUAUGCCAGAAUAUUGUGGGUUGGGUUGGAAUAAACCUUUACCCGGUGAGCUUCGAAGGGUGCACAUAGACAAAAGUCAGCAGCCACUAGGGAUACAGAUAUACUGUCCCCCGAGCAGUGGGGGCGUUUUCGUAUCUACAGUCAAUGAGAAUUCGUUGGCAAGUCAAGUUGGCUUACAAGUUGGUGACCAAUUACUUGAAGUUUGCGGUAUUAAUAUGCGUUCGGCGACGUAUACUUUGGCUGCUAGUGUUUUAAGACAAAUUGGAAAUUCCAUAACAAUGCUUGUCCAAUUUAGCCCUGAAAAAUAUAAAGACGAGAUGGAAGUUCCAGGGAGUUCAUCUUCUGGAGAAAGUUCGCACGAUGAAGAGGUUUCUUUGUCAGGAUCGCCUACACCUAGGAACUCACCCGGUCCUCAACAGUCCCUGAGAAUGGACGUACCUUCCACAGAUGUUGCUACUUUGAGGCAAUCACAGGGGAAGGAUCUACCCAGGUUUUUAUUAAUAGAGAUGCGAAAUUGUUCAGAUUUGGGCAUAAGUUUAGUGGGCGGAAAUGCAGUGGGUAUAUUCGUACAUAGUGUUCAAAUAGAUUCCCCGGCUUAUAUAGCGGGCUUACGCACGGGGGAUCAAAUCUUAGAGUACAAUAAUGUAGACUUAAGGCGAGCAACCGCUGAACAGGCUGCUUUGGAAUUGGCAAAACCGGCGGAUAAGGUGAGCGUGCUGGUUCGUCACGAUCUUCAACAAUACCAUGAAAUCAAAGACAAACCCGGUGACGCGUUCUAUAUCCGUGCGGGUUUCGAUCGCUGUGCAAAAAUAACGUCCAUUGGCAUGGAUACCAUAGAUGAGUAUUCGCUAUGGUUCAGGAAGGACGAAGUUUUGUUCGUGGACAAUACGCUGUUCAACGGAGCGCCCGGCCUGUGGCGCGCCUGGCAACUGGACUGCAAGGGGGUGAAGCGACACUGGGGCACCAUACCCAGUAAAUUUAAGGUGGAGGAGAUCCUGCGGCGAGGCGGCGCGCUGGACAGCGAGGCGGCGCGGCGCGCGUCCAGCACGGCGCGCCGCUCGUUCUUCCGCCGCAAGAAGCACCGCGACAGCAAGGAGCUGGCGUCCUUCUCCAACACCGAGCUGGGCUGCUGGAGCGACUCGGGCACGCUGGCCGACGACGCGCCGCCGCUCUCCUACCAGCGCGUCGAGCGCCUGCACUAUGGCAGUCGGCGGCCGGUGGCGGUCCUGGGCCCGUUGCGGGAGUGCGUGGCUGGGAAGUUGGUCACGGACUGGCCGCACGUGUUCGCCAGGGCGAGGCCGGAUCCCAGGGCUUUGAGAGAUCUCGCGGAGAAGGGUAUCCACUGUAUAGUCGACGUGAGCGUACCAGUCAUAGAGAAACUUCAUAAACACCAGAUAUAUCCUAUAAUACUAUUCAUCAAGUUCAAGUCAUUCAAGCAGAUCAAGGAAGUCAAGGAUACUAGGUAUCCCGCUGAUAAAGUGUCUGCCAAGGCAGCUAAGGAAAAGUAUGAGCAUGGGUUAAAAGUGGAGAAUGAAUUUAGAAAUUACAUAUCUGCCGAGAUACCAGCAGGCGUUAAUAUAGCGUACAUGUGCACGCAAAUCAAAGAAGCAGUGGAAGAAGAGCAGAACAAGACCCUAUGGGUGCCCUCCGCGCAGGCCUGACCCCUGCCCCCCACGCCCCCUUCCCACACCCCCUCC